ACUCACACCUUAAAAGAAAAAGAAAAUUACAUAUUGACCGCGGAGAGAGGGGAUGUACGGGUCAGCAAUAGUGAGGAGGAGUAGGGAAUAUUGGAAGAUAAAAGUAAUGUGGUGAGCAAAUAAAGCAAGGGUGGGAGAGUGGUGAUGGGAUAGGAUUUGAUACUGAAAAGGGGUGAGGAGCACUGUGAAGAGAGAAGGAAGCUAUAAAUGGUAGGAGCACAGAUAGGGAUAGGCUCUCAUUGGCGGUACGCUGAGAUACGUUGGAGAGAAUCAAACCCGAGUGCAUGUCAACGUUUGGGAGAAGGGAGCAGGGAGAUGUCAGGAUAGAAGAAAGCAAACGGAGAGAGAAGAGGGAGGCGUGUAAUUAUGAACAUAGCCUGCAAUCAAAUAAAUAAGACCUGGGACUUUUUGCCAGAAAAUGCCAAUUCUGCGUAACCGUUAACCCCACGCGGCAAUCCAUCUCAUGUCCCUCUUUAAUUCAUCUCACUCCUGCCUCUGACUCGCCUUUCCUUAAUUGCUAUCUCUUCUCGGCUUGUGCUGGGCGUUUCGCCGGAUAUGUCGCCGGUGAAUGCUAAGGAGGGGUGGAGUGGGGAGGAAGGCAGGCAUUACCCUCCCCCACUCGCGUCGCACGAGGACGUGGUCAAGGACCCCACCCUAUUUUGGGACACCCUGAGGCGUUUCCACUUCCUCAUGGCCACCAAGUUCAUGAUUCCUGUGAUUGGAGGAAAGGAACUGGAUUUGCACGUCCUUUACGUGGAGGUUACGAGGAGGAGUGGUUAUGAGAAGGUGGUCGUGGACAAGAAAUGGAGGGAAGUGGGGAACGUGUUCAGGUUCUCUCCCACUACAACUAGCGCUUCUUUCGUACUGAGGAAACACUACCUGGGUCUUCUUUACCAUUACGAACAAGUUCACUUCUUUAAGGCUCGGGGUCCUGUGUCCACUCCAUCUGCAGCUGCAUUUUCUGUCAGCAACCACUCAUGGAGACCAGAAUUAGCUAUUGUGGAAUACUCGCCCCAGCGGAUAAACGAGUGUCCCGAAUCCCACAAUGAAGAUAAUUCGGGCGGUGAAGUGAAGGGAAUGAUAGAGGGGAAAUUCGACGGAGGGUAUUUGGUGUCGGUGAAAGUGGGGACAGAGGUUCUGAGAGGGGUGCUGUACCAUCCGGAGCAGUCGGGAACUUGUGCAUCCGCUUCGCAGAGCAGGAACGCCAUCGUUGUGUACAAUGGAAAAGGCGGGCGUGUUGGUCGGAGGAGGAGAAACAGGAGAAGGUGGGACCCAAACUAUCCGAAGCCGAACAGGAGUGGCUAUAACUUCUUUUUCGCUGAGAAGCAUUACAAGCUCAAGGCCCUCUAUCCAAACAGAGAAAGGGAAUUCACCAAGAUGAUCGGGCAGUCAUGGAGCAGUCUCAGCCCCGAAGAGAGAAUGGUUUACCAGAACAUUGGGUUGAGAGACAAGGAAAGGUACAAGAGAGAAUUGAGGGAGUACAAGGAGAAAAUGAAGCUCGGUCCGACGGUGGAGCUUUCGAGCGUUUGAGAUUUUCUUGUUUGGCAAUGGAAGAGAGGGAGGGUACUGUUAUCACUUAUUUGUUAGUUCAUUGAAUGAAUAUGGUUGUUGACCGACCCAUAAGGCCAUACUAAUUUUCAAAGGGACUGCUCUCAUUAUGGAAUUUCUUCGCUGCAAAUGCUUUUUGCUGAUUC